AUGGCGGACGAAGAAGCGGAGGAACUGGCGAGUCUGAGAGAGGAGUUUCAAUGGGUUUUGAAAUAUGAAGUGCACUCUGUUCUUAAACAUCUGAGGGAAGUUCUACAGAAAUUUAUUUCUAUUUUUAGGAAAAUCUCUCAUGUGAAAGCCGAAAAGUUUAUGCUGUCUAGCGCAAAUGGCAGUGACAACAUUAAAGGAGUCAUCACAGUGUUCGGGGAUAAUAUAUGCCAUGCUGACAUCACAAUAAGGUUACAUCGGCAUGCAAAUCAAAGUUACAGAACGUUCAUUAAAGAAGAUAUUCCAUGGAAGUUACAGCAGGUACAGGAUGCUGGCAAUCACUUACAAUGUGCUGUAGAUUUCAUCGCAUUAAAAGGAGAACAUACCGACUUUCAAACUGCACAGGAAGUUAUAACAUUAAUGUCUGAGUUAAUGGUGUGUCUACAAAGAGCCAGAAAUAGUUUAUUGUCACCUAAAAAAUAUUCACUUGAAGAAUUAUAUAGAAAUAAAAGCAUGCGGGCAUUCAACCCACCAUUGCCAGUUGAUUCAAUUAUAAAUUUUUAUGUUCAUCACAAUAAAUUAGUUAUGUCAACGUAUUACUUAACUCCAGCACAAGGACCAAGACCACAGAAGCCAUCAGUGACAUCUAUUGAGUCCAAGCUAGGUUCCACUUUUGAAGUUGGUCAAUACCGCUAUGAAGUAGCCGCUCAGUACCAAGUCGAGUGCGCCGUACCGUGGUUGAAUGAUGUCAUCACACUUUUCACAGUAGCGUUACAGACGUGUCAACAACUCAAAGAUAAGAAAUGUUUUGAUUUUGUAACUCAAGUGUUUGUGCAGAAAAAAAAAUUAGAAAAAAACUCACUGUUUGAUGAGGUUCAAAGUAAAUUGAAGGUUAUGUCAUCUUCAAAACUUUCAUUAUUAUUGAUUGCUGUAUUUGAUGUGUAUGGAGCCAAUGCUGUUUGA